CUACACACCUCUCCGGCCACCCAUGAUGCUACUAUGCUAGCGCCGACGCGAAUCCUACGCGCAUCAUGGUCGAGCACGCUCCGACUUCCAAAAUCUGCCUUUCCCGCGCGCCCUCUGCCCGCCGCCAAUCCCGAAUACCUUCGACGAUGCACCGAUGAGCUGUACGCAUGGCAGCAAAAUGCUCGCUCGAAGCAAGACACCAAUGCGCAGGAUAUAGAGACUUUUACUUUGCAUGAUGGGCCUCCGUAUGCGAAUGGGCCGCUGCAUAUCGGCCACGCGCUGAACAAGAUCACAAAAGACGUUAUUUGUCGGUAUGAGCUUGGGCAAGGGAAAAGAGUCAGUUAUAUCCCGGGAUGGGACUGUCACGGUCUACCUAUUGAGAUCAAGGCUCUUCAGGCGCAGAAGAAGGAUGUCGAUGCACAUACAGACCCCGUCAGCGUGCGGGAAGCGGCAAGAGCACUGGCGGCUGCGACCGUGGAGGAGCAAAAGAAAGGCUUCAAGGAGUGGGCAGUUAUGGGUGACUGGGACCAUGCAUAUAUGACCAUGGAGCCGAGCUUUGAGAUCAGACAGUUGCAGAUUUUCAAGGAGAUGUUCGAAAGAGGUCUCAUCUAUCGACAGCUGAAGCCUGUGUAUUGGUCUCCGUCUUCUCGUACUGCACUCGCUGAGGGCGAGCUUGAAUACGAUGAGAACCACAAGUCUUUGGCAGCUUUUGUGCGGUUCCCAGUUGUUCUGUCGGAUGAACUGAGGAAUGGAGCACUCUCUGAAAUCAAGGAUUCUCUUAGUAUUGUGAUCUGGACGACAACACCCUGGACAUUACCUGCAAAUAAAGCUGUGGCGGUGCAUAAGGGUAUGGACUACGCCAUACUGCAAGACCCAGAGCAUGGCAACGAGCUAGUCUUAAUCGCUGCCUCGAGGGUUGCCCACUAUCAAGACAUGGUAGGCCACGAAGUCAUGAUCAUUCCGACGAAACUGCGUGGUGCGGAUUUGGCCGGUCAUCUCCAGUACGAAAACCCUUUCCAGAGGGCAAAUGGACUACAACCUGUACUUCACGCCGACUUCGUGUCAGACUCGUCCGGAACAGGUCUUGUUCACAUUGCGCCAGGCCAUGGAAUGGACGACUACCAUGUCUGCACCUCCCUCAACAUCCCAGCAUUUGCACCGGUGGACGAUGCGGGCGCGUUCACAGAAGACGCUUUCCCGGAACAUCCAGAGCUUCUGCAAGGUCUUUUAGUGUCCGACGUCAAAAAGACAGGAUCAAGAGCCGUGCUCGAUUAUCUUGAGAGACAGGAUAUGGUUCGCGCAAAGCACAAUUUCAAGCACAAGUAUCCCAUUGACUGGAGGACAAAGCAGCCCGUGAUUGUCCGUGCAACGGAACAAUGGUUUGCCAACGUGGAUGGAAUCAAAACCGAGUCCAUGAAAGCAAUUGAGGGCGUAAAUUUCAUUCCUGAGACGGGACGAUCGAGACUCGAGAGUUUCAUUCAGGGCCGGAGUCAGUGGUGUAUUUCCCGUCAACGUGCUUGGGGUGUGCCCAUUCCCGCCCUGUACAAGCAAUCGGAGGGCAAACUCGAAGCCACAAUGGAUGCGGAUACGAUACAGCAUAUCAUCGACGUCAUCAAAGAACGCGGCAUAGACGCAUGGUGGACUGAUCCUCCAGAGGACCCUGCGUGGAAGCCGGCGCAUCUGUCCGGUACUUACAUAAGAGGCAGAGACACGAUGGAUGUCUGGUUUGACAGCGGAACCAGCUGGUCACUACUUCCUCGAAACGGGAACCAUCCUGUGGCCGAUGUGUAUCUUGAGGGAACUGAUCAACACCGCGGCUGGUUUCAGUCCUCGCUCUUGACGCAUGUAGCCACCCAACAAUGUGACAUCGGCAAUGUCAAAGCACCCUAUAAAAUGCUCAUCACUCAUGGUUUUACCCUCGAUUCGGACGGCCGCAAGAUGAGCAAGAGUCUUGGAAACGUCAUCUCUCCUGCUCAGAUCAUGUCAGGCGAAUUACUCCCCCCUCUGAAACGUAAGAAGCAGAAGGGAGCUAGAAAAGACCAACCCAACGACGCAGCGCCUCAGUUCGACUCGAUGGGAGCAGAUGCUCUGCGCUUAUGGGCAGCCAGCAGCGACUAUACACGGGAUGUGACAAUCGGACAACCUGUAUUAUUGUCUGUGAAUCAGGCUCUGCAUAAGUACCGGGUAACGUUCAAGUGGCUGCUUGGUAUCUUCUCUCUUCCAACAUGUCCUCCGCCUUUCACAUCCUUCAAUACCAUUCGUUCCGAACUGAGCAUAGAAACGGACUCUGUAACCCUCCUCUCGGACAAACUUGCCAGGCACCGUCUCACGCAAGUGAGUCAAGAAGUACACGCUUAUUAUGCCAGAUAUGAAUUCUUCAAGGGCAUCAACACGAUCAACAAAUACGUCUUCAAUGACCUCUCGGCCUUCUACUUCGAAACCCUCAAAGAUCGCAUUUAUACUGGAUCCAAGCACGAUUGCCAGACACUGCAAAAAGUCCUCGGUGUUAUCUUCUACGAGCUGCUCCAAAUGCUUGCUCCCAUCUGCCCGAUCCUCGUCGAGGAGGUUUGGGACUACCUUCCUGAAACACUCAGACAAAACUCUAUUCACCCAGCUCGAGCUACAUGGACGCCUCUUGCCCUAGCUUCUCCCCCGGCGGAAGGACAAACUACAGAUAUCUCCGCACGACAACUAGACCAGUACCAGGAAUUUAUUCACACCGUUGGCUCCGCAAUCAAUACCGCCCAGGAGCGCCUCCGCGCCGCCAAGAAGAUGGGUUCAUCCCUCGAGUGCGACGUCGUCAUCGGCAUGGAUCCAAGGGCUGCCGACAGCCACUUUGACGAGUUCGUCGGUUGGGGAGGUUCGCAGAAGAGCGAAGAACUCGCAGGUUUGUUCGUUGUCAGUGGGUUUGAAGUGCGUAAUAUGAAUGAAUUGGACGGCCUGAAGGCAGCGUUGGAGGAGGAAGGGGUAUGGUGUGAGCUUGAGACUUUCAAGAUUGGAGAGACGGAGAGAAAGGUGCUCCUCCGUAAGGCGAAUGGGUGCAAGUGCCCCAGAUGCUGGAGAUAUGUUGCCGAGGAGCCGGAGAGCUUGUGUGGAAGGUGUGAGGAGGUGGUU